AUGCAUAUAAUCCUUUCAGGUGAAGACUUCCUAUCAGACAGCGACUGGGUGUCUGUUGCAACUCGUUCAUGCACUCCGGUCGAAUGUGAUUUCCCUCGUCAGUUAUGCAUGCGACCGUCGGGUAAAUUCAAUGAUGAAUCUACUAACCAAUGCAGAAACAUUCCUGAAACUUGCAUAACUGCGGCAAAUAAUGGAGUUCCGCUUGGUACCAGUGCACCAAAACUUGUACCGUCAACAACAACACCUACGAUCCCCUCAUUGAUACUAACCAUCGCAACAAAACCCCCUCUGCCCAUUCCGGAACCCUCGCCCUUACUUCCACCCAUAACCAUACCGUCAACCGUGGAAGUGACCGCUCUACCGAUUGGACCAGUUCUACCAGAAACGUUUGGAAUAAACAUCUGUGAGUUAGGUCUGCCUCAAGGACGAUUUUGCGGUUUUCUCGAAAAGUUUGCCUAUAAUCGGUUAGUUUCAGUUGAGUUUCUCUCUGAGUCAUACCAUGCUCCAUUGAUCGUAUCAAGCAUAAAAACAGCGAUAAGACUCAGCCGAAACUUAAAGUUCAUUCUCCUCAUUCGAGUCAAUACGCAACCUGAUGACGAUGCUUUCAAUGAGUAA